AUGUCAUCUUAUCCUCCUUACAAGCGAUCAGCCGAAAAACAACCUCAACGGUAUGACAGAAAUACUGAAGGCAAUCCUUUUCUAAGAUCCACCUCGUCUGCUUCAAGCGUGCUCGGGGAUAGUCAAUUUAGUCAAUUUUCUCAGUCCGAAACCAGUGAUCGUCCUUUCAAGAGAAGUCGAGUAGAAGUGGAUCUUUCGGAACGGCGUGCGAGCCCAAUAACUCCUUCAAGGAAGUCUUUUAACUUCAUUCCAGAUCUUAGGGGUUUAAAAGAUUCCAUAUUUUCCCAAGGAUCCUUAAAUUCGAUUAGCAGCACCUCUCCUAAACUUGUCAAAGAUUUAUCGGAGACACGUCUUAAGAUUGCUUCCCUAGAGUAUACCAAAAAUGAUUUUGAAAGUAAGAUCGCUAGAUUGGAAACGGAUAAACAAAAUUUAGAACUUCAGAUUAAGGAAUUAAAUUUAUCCAUUGAG